UAGCCUGGACGGGCAGCGGUGGCUGUCCAGUCUUCUCCACCAGCCGAGCCGCACCGACGCCCCCUCAGACAAAAGGAGUGAGGACGCCCCCAUGGAGAUGAAGAGCAUCCUGAAAACUAAAAAAGGGAUAGGCUGGCUGCUGGAGGACAGCAGCACCACCCAAAGCAGCUCCAUCGGGGCCGUAUGCUGGACCCUGCCCGAGGAGAACGUCCAGGCCCACAGCUCGGCCCCCAGCAGGCCUACCAACUCCAAACACUCAAAGCACCCUCCUCGUCAGAAUGGCCUGAAGGAUCUGCGCAGCCUGCAGGAGUGUGUGAUGUUCAUCCAGCGCUGGAAAGAGCAAGUGGACCAAGUCUGCAAGCAGGGUGGAACUGAUCCAAAGGAAGACGACAGUAAGAAAGAGGCCCAGGGUUCAGACCGGCGUGCUGAGCGCAGUCUUGAAGAGAGCAGGAAACUGAUCUUGGAGUGGGCUGACGAACUCCAUCAUGUCGACAAGCUCCUGAAGGAAGCCCCAUGGGCAUCUGAGGGUCAAGAACCUGAAAAUAAAGAAGACAAGGACGCCAGUGAGGAAGCACAACUGAGGAUCAUGGCGUGGGCAAAGGAGCUGCAGACAGCGACUGAGAGUUGUGGGGUGCAGAGGGACGAGCUGGGUAAAGUGUUGCGCCUGUUGGGCCUGAAGAAGAAACGGCUGGUCAACCUGCUGCCUCUGCUGGAGUUCAUCACCUGGUCUCUGCUCAAGGAAGACAGCACGAGGAUGAUUCCACAAUUAUGGUUACUGGCAAAGCAAAGGACCUGGAAAGCAGGAAUUCCAAGAUACAUCCCCAAAUCAGUUUGGAGUUGGAUCUGCAGUGCAUCAGCUGAUGUGACUCUUGACCCCAUGACCAACCACCCCUGGCUGCUGCUGUCAGACGACCAGCAUAUGGUCCAGGAGGGCCUCUCUGAAUCCGACCUGCCUUACAGCUCCCAGCGCUUCGAUAGCUGGCCAUGCGUGCUAGGUUGGGAGGGCUACAGCAACGGCCGCCACUACUGGGAGGUGGACAUAGCCAACAAUGGCUACUGGCGCAUUGGACUCACCACCGCCAACUCCAAGCGGCAUGGGCGCUUCCCCAUGACCCCAAAGCAGGGCUACUGGGCCUUGUGGCGCAGCACACACCAGUUCUAUGCCUGCACUAAGCCAGAGGUGCAGCUGCCGGUCAGCCUUGUGCCUCAACGUAUGGGAAUCUACUUAGACUAUGAAGAAGGCCAGAUCUCCUUCUACAACGCAGCAACAAAGUCCCACAUCUACACCUUCACUGGACCCUUCAGAGGGAAGCUGUACCCUCUGUUUGCCCCGCUGGAUGGUCGCACACUCAUGAGAAUCAUCCCACCGCACGAAAUCUCAGUAAACUGAGAGAGAUGUGGACCUUGAUAACUCUCACUGGACACUUGAAAGAAUUCAGUUUGACUGGAACGAAAUUAAAUUAAAACUGUCUUUGCCAAAAAGGCCAAUAAAAAAAAAAAAAUCAGGCAAGAUUUGAAAAGCAAAGUCACCAGUUAGAUUUAAAAUUCACAAGCAUUGACUUUCAAAACAAAAUAUAUAUAUGAAUUUCACUUCCCUCAAUGUUUCUUUAAAUAUAAAUCUGAAUUUCUACCCUUAAACUGAAUUUAAAAUUUCUCAAGCUUCAGUUAAAAACUGACUGUAGUCAGUGACCGAACUAUAUCAAAGUGCUAAUGAUAUUAUUAACAGAAAUAAAAAUUCAUGAAUGUUAGGAAAAAAAACAACAAAAACUUUUAAAAAAACUCAACGUUGUGUACAUAUAAAAAUAUUUAUAUUAAAUAAAUGAAUUUUAAAGAAUCAGCUAGGCUGAGUCUGAUUUCUACAACGUUUACAUUUACAUGUAGGCAGAAAGAGUGUAAAACACAUUCUGCAUCUACAAACACACAUGCACUUUCAGAUAUGCACACAAUAAACAUUUCAUAUACAUUGCAGGGUGUCUUUGAUACUCAUCUGACUUUUUUCUGACUUAUCUCAUAUUUCUUCUCAUUUGACAUUUCACUGAAGAAAAAUAGGAUGACCUACAUAUCAGGUAUAUUUACACAUAUAAAGGCCUUCAAAAAAGUCCUUUGGACACACAUUUGCUUCACUUUCGUCUUUGAAAAGUUGACUUUCGUGCAAGCAAAUUAGUGACUUUGCAUAACAAAGUGUAGCUGGAAGAAAGAAUGCUAACAUCUGAAAGAGUGUGCACAUUUAUGGUAAAAAAAAAAAA